UUCUUCUGCCUGAAGUUCCCCAGUUUUCACCCCACACAGUAGGGAGCGACAUGCGACUUUAACGUAUGUUUGCGGACCGCCAAAAAUACCAUAGACGAAGAAUGGCUUCUCUAGUUGGAUGUGAACAUUACGUGCGCCGUUGUUUGUUGAAAGCUCCGUGUUGUGGUAAAGCAUACGUUUGUCGCCUGUGCCAUGACGCUGAAGAGGACCAUCAAAUGGACCGCUUCCUGGUCAAAGAAGUGCAGUGCUCAGUCUGCACAACAGUACAACAGGCACAACAAACUUGCGUGGAGUGUAAUGUGACCUUUGGGGAAUAUUACUGUGAUAUUUGUCACCUGUUUGAUAAAGACAAGAAGCAGUAUCACUGUCAGCCCUGUGGAAUUUGCAGGAUCGGACCAAGGGAGAAAUACUUCCACUGUGAGAAGUGCAAUCUCUGUUUAGCAGGAGAUCUAAGAGGAAAUCACAAGUGUGUUGAAAAUGUUUCAAGACAGAACUGCCCAGUGUGUAUGGAGGAUAUCCACACAUCCAGAAUAGGAGCCCAAAUUCUUCCAUGUGGCCAUCUUCUACACAAAACAUGCUUUGAUGACAUGGUCCAAACAGGUGCGUAUCGAUGCCCACUCUGUAUGCACUCUGCUUGGAAUAUGGAGCACAACUGGGAGCAGAUGGACAAGGAGAUAUCUCAGUCACCCAUGCCCACUGAAUACCAGGAUGCCACUGUGAAGGCUCCGUGUUGUGGUAAAGCAUACGUUUGUCGCCUGUGCCAUGACGCUGAAGAGGACCAUCAAAUGGACCGCUUCCUGGUCAAAGAAGUGCAGUGCUCAGUCUGCACAACAGUACAACAGGCACAACAAACUUGCGUGGAGUGUAAUGUGACCUUUGGGGAAUAUUACUGUGAUAUUUGUCACCUGUUUGAUAAAGACAAGAAGCAGUAUCACUGUCAGCCCUGUGGAAUUUGCAGGAUCGGACCAAGGGAGAAAUACUUCCACUGUGAGAAGUGCAAUCUCUGUUUAGCAGGAGAUCUAAGAGGAAAUCACAAGUGUGUUGAAAAUGUUUCAAGACAGAACUGCCCAGUGUGUAUGGAGGAUAUCCACACAUCCAGAAUAGGAGCCCAAAUUCUUCCAUGUGGCCAUCUUCUACACAAAACAUGCUUUGAUGACAUGGUCCAAACAGGUGCGUAUCGAUGCCCACUCUGUAUGCACUCUGCUUGGAAUAUGGAGCACAACUGGGAGCAGAUGGACAAGGAGAUAUCUCAGUCACCCAUGCCCACUGAAUACCAGGAUGCCACUGUGAAGAUCAUAUGUAAUGACUGCCAAACCCACUGCAUGGUGCCUUUCCAUGUUCUGGGAAUGAAGUGCAGUGGUUGUGGGUCCUACAACACAGCACAGAAUGGGGGACUGAUACGGCAGUCCCGGGAACCACAGCCCCAGGAGCCAGAGCAGCAGCCCCAGUCCCCAUUGCCAGAACCAUAGAAUAUGUAUAAUUUGAAUUACAUUGGGACUCCACCCCCUAGUUCUCUAUGCUCCACAUUACUUCCCCAGUCUACGCAGACUUAACUACACUAUCCACCUCUUUCCCACAUUGCUCUGCCAAGAGUACAGGUAGUCGUGCCUGGGUUCCAGAACCUGGUGCCAGGACCUCAGGGCAGUAAACUUGGAUCCCUCUCCUAGUGUGUUGUACAGCAGUUUUGGGGUUGAAUUUCUGUUAUUACAUGGCUAUUGAUCCAUUUGUUUCUCAGAUAAAAGCCAGCAUAAGAGAAUUGUGAAUGAGGAAUUAAAUAUAGUCAGCCACACAAUUUAUUUCCCAUUUUGUCCCAAGUUGGAAUGGAUUAAUUUCUGUCAUUAAUGCUUUCACCAAAUGAUUUAGAUUUUUGUUGGGGUGAAGAAUGCUGUUAUGUGAGGAGUUUGUAAAGCACUGCAAUGUUUGACUGGCUUUGCGUUUCUAAAAACCUAUGUAAAUGCUUCAGACUGACAUUUUUACAAUGGUAAUGGAUUUCAAUGUCUAUUUGCAAAACUCAGGUAUUUGAAAUAGUUUAGAUACGGUUCAACAUCAAAUUGUGUUCAUUCCAUGUUUGAGUUGAAUUUUGAUUAGAGUGGAUUAUCAUGAGUAACAUGUAUGUAAAUUAUUGAAUAAUUACUACAGUUAGACAAUGGCUGUUGGCAACUAUCUCACUCCCUGCUUAGCUCAUAUUGUUAGUAUUGUCACUCAAAUAUGAGAGAAAUAGUGAAAAUAUUGCAUAUGUAUUGCCUUUGGUGUCAUUCAUUGAUGCAGGUUUUGGGAUGGUGACAUUUACUGUAAAGACUAAUAAAUACCAUGAUUGUUCUGAAUAAUGUUAUUUAAGAUU